ACACUGCGUGUUGACGGCUUUCUCUUCCCAGAGCAAUAUUACCAUCCCCGCGGAAGCGAGAGGAACUGCAUCUGGCAAGUCCCCACAUGCUGUACGACGAGAACCGGAACUGACUUCCGGUUGUUAUACGGACAGGGAAACCUGGCAACCCUAUGCUACUUCCGGAAACUGGUACGCAGCGUGCGUUGUCAUUGAAGAACAGUUUAGAGGCACCGAAGCAGACGAGGAGGCGAGGUGCGCCCAUUUCGUGCCCAAAUUGGAGCACCUGAAGCUUGACCACAUCGUUCGCGAUCUCCUGGAUGAUCCUUACGAACCGCAACCCUUCGAUUGCCUGAUAACUGCCCUGAUCGCCCGGUGUUGCCUUCCUCAGAAGAUAUGGCCACAGGGUUUGCAGGUGACUUGGGACCAUAUCCUGAUGUACGUCCCUUCGUUCCUGCAAGGGCGUCUAACAGAUGGCGCCAGAAGUUACCUGCGAAAGCACGCGGUUUAUCUGGACUAUGACGGACCUCGAGGGAUCGAGGAAGUUGGCGUAGAAGCUGCCGAAGCUGUAAUACCCGGCGACCCACCACCAGUUACGUUCACAGAUACCCGCGAUCACAGAAGCGGAAGCCCGAAGUGUGAAGGAAAAGGACAUCCUUGGUGCCACGGAAGCGAAAAGCCGUGACGUAAACACGAUUCUGGCUCGCAUGCAGGGAGAAAAGACACCAGCCAGAAAAGCAGCAAAGAAAAAGUCAGUCGCUGAGCUUCUUGAAAAUGUUACUUCCAGAGUAAAUCACUUAACUGCACGUGAAAUUUCAACACAGACGGAAAGUUUCCGAGAAGGUGAACACGUAAAAUCACGUGGUCAACCACAACAAACGCUACAUGCUGAGAGUGCAUCCGAAAGCCGGCCUGGAGAAGCUGUGAGGUCAUUGGACGGGCUCGGUAAUAACGCAGAUUCUUCACAAAGAGAAACCAGUGCAACAUUACCCAAGGUAACUUUGUGGAGCCGAUCAGAAACAUCAGCACCUCAACCAUCAGCACCUUCCAAAUCCGAUGACUUAAGUGUCGCCGAACCUUUGCCAAACACUGAGGGAUUGCGUGAAGACGGGUACUUAAAAUCGCACGGCGAACCGCAGAAAAACCUCCAUACUGAGAGCACUUCCGAAAGCCGACCCAGAGAAGCUGCCGGGUUGUUUGAUAGGCUCAUUAACAAUACAGCUUCUUCACAGCGGGAAAACGUUACAGCGUUUUGCAAGGAAUCUUCGUGGUACCAGCCAGGACCGCCAGCAUCUGAACCACUAGCACCUUCGAAACUGGGUGACAUAAGUGUCACCGAACCUUCGUCAAACACGGAAAGAUUGAGUGACGAAGAGUGCUUCAAAUCGCAGGACCAACCACAAGAAAAGCUUCAUGAUGAGAGCACCUCCGAAAACCGACCCGGAAAAGCUGACAGGUUAUUCUGUGGGCUGGGUAACAACGCCGCUUCUUCACUGCGAGAAAACCGUACAGAAUUAUUCACGACACAUUCGCGGUGCCAAUCAGAACCACAAGCACCUUCGAAGUUGGAUGACACAAGCGUAGCCGAAGCUUUGUCAAACACGGAAGGACUGCGUGACGGCAUGUGCUUCAGAUCGCAGGAUCAACCAGAACAAAUACGGCAUGUUGAGAGUACAGAUGAAAGCCUACCCGGAAAAGCUGCCAGAUUAUUUGAUGGAUUCGGUGACAACACAGCUUAUCCACAGCGCGAGGCCAGUACUGCAUCAUACAAGCUACAUUCGUGGAAACAAUCAGAAAUAUCAGCACCUGAACCACCAACAGCUUCCAAAUCAGAUGACUUGAGUGUCACCGAAGCUUCGUCAAACACGGAAGCAUGGCGUGAUGACCAACCACAACAAAACCAACGUGUUGGGAGCACAUCCGAAAGGCGACCCGGAGAAGCUGCCGGGUUAUUCGAAGGCUUAGGGGACAACUCAGCUCCUUCACAGCGAGAAAAUAGUACACCAUUAUCCAAGCCAAAUUUGUGGAGCCAACCAGAGCUAUUGGCACGUGAACAUCUAACGUCUUUCAUAUCGGUUGACUUAAGUGUUGCCAAAGCUAUGUCAAACACGGAAGGAUUGCGGGACGGCAAGUUCUUUAGAUCACAGUGGCAACCACAACAACAACUAGGUGACGAGAGUACCUCGGAAAGUCAGUGCGGAAGAGCUGCUAAUUCAGGCAAUGGGCUCCCCAACAAAACAGCGCCUUCACAACGAGAAAUUAGCACAUCAUUAGAUAAGCCAAGUUCAUGGCGCCAGUCAGAACCAUUCGCGACUGAAGCUAUUGAGAUUCUAGGGAAGCUAAGUACUGAUAGUAAACAUUCCUCUGACGUCAAACAGUCUUUUCAAAAAACGUAUCCGGAGGCACUGAAACAGACUGGCGUGACGCCGACUACAGCAGAAGGUUGUAAAAUCGAUUGGGAUACAGAGCGUGGGACAUGUAGCAUAAGAUUUGGAGGUCAUGAAACCCAUCAAUCAGAUUUGCACAGAACACCGCAAAUCUGUACUAAAGAGCUGGCAUGCUCUGCUGGGCCCGAAGAGGGAAAGUUCGGUCCGAACUGUACCACGCGGAAGGAGGAGCGAUCACCUUCGACUCAUGAAAAGAACAAAGCCUUCUUGGAAAGAAACGGCGAGGAAAAUGCCAACCAGAAUUACUCGCGAACAGGGAGCACAAGCGGAAAAACCAUUCCGGAUAGAUCUGAUUCGCACCACAAGCGAAGCAGACCAGAGCACCGCACGGAAACGCAGGAAAGCCGAAGCGCCAGAAGCGAAAGAUCAGAUGGAACGUUAUUGCACCAAGAACGUGUAAUUUGGAGCAGCAAUUGGCACCCACAGCGCAACCACAUUGGAACGGUGCAACAGUGCGCGACGGUGACAGGAUUUGAACAAACCUGGCGCGCGUCACAAAACACAGCAGUUUCGCGCAUUGCUACAGAACAUGCGGUGCAAUCCUCUUUAAUACUCUGUGACACGUCAAACGCGGGCACGGAGCACACAGGCAUUGUUUCCCGAAUGGAGCUGCCGGACUUCGAUAAGUUUUUAUGUACCUCGCAACCCAGCUUUACGCGUAGUGAAGAAAGAUGCUUUUCUGAAUCUAAGGAGUCACAGCGAACGCACGAUCCAUGGUUCGAAACGCCGGCAGGAGGCACCGGAAGCACAAGUCGUGAGGAUGCCCCAGCUUGGGAAGGGAGAGAGGCCGAGUCGACAAAGAGGAAAGUCCGAAGACCGAGCGAAGAAGCCACCGCUGUCGCUUCGGCACCAGGCUUUGUUCACCAACAACACUACAGUGCCGAUCAUUCAGCCUUUGGUGCAAUGCAUGAGGCAACGAGCAAUCGACCCAACCAUGCCGUUCCUGCACGCAGAGGAUAUCAGAUAAACAUUGCUUGUUCGCAAGAGUUUCCUUCUGGCCGCACUUUCAGGGCUUUCUCGUGCCCGCCAGACAUUGCACGACAGGGUACUCCGGAUCUGCAAUCCCGGGAGCAAUGUAAGGAACAUCACGAAAGUGCCUUGAAGAAUCCGGAGAGUUUGCUUGAUGACGCUUCUUCAGUAAUGGAGACUGAAGUUUGAUAACAUGAGGUUAUCGCAGGAACUAAGUAAAUCCAGUGCGCUUGUUUACCAGCUGAGAAGUUGUUAGGAAUACUUAUAUUUUCGCCGAAUUGAAGAUAUACAGUCAAACCGGCCAGCCAUAUCCAUGUGGGAACCUUAAGAACGCUGUCAAGUGUGUAGUGGUUGUCUGUAUAACAAUGAAGUGAGGGUGACACGUCCAGGAAAUCGAGUCGACCUGGCGACGCAAGGAAUGGAUUUACGAAGCCUGGUUUUCUUAGCCAAACGUGGCCUUAAUGUUCUGAAUAAUUUUUUAGCAAGUUACGGAAAUACGGUACUCAAAUACGGUAAGGCUGUACGGUUGCGCUUCUCCUUUCCCGCUCGUUGUGCUUUUGCCGGUGAAGGCACCCUAACACCACAAAAGCUUGUUAAAAAUUACCGUGGGGUUGUCACGCCUCAUUGUUGCCUUUUAGCCUACGAAUUGUUAACGAGGAACCUGUCGUUCGGAGGGCGCACUGUCCCUGGAACUGGGAGCGGGUUAAGCACGAGCCGGAAAAAAGGAGCGUUACCGCACCACCUUACCGUAUUUGCUUACCGUAUUUCCGUAACUUGCUAAAAGACUCUAUUAACCCUGUGCAUACCGUUACCUAUGGAUAACGGCGUUUUUAGAGCUGUGUUUAGACAGCGUGUCUCGUGCGACACCAAGAACAUUAUGCUACGUGUGGGAACUUGCGGUGUUCCGCGCUAGCAACACCAGAUCUCACGAGAUUUCGUGCACCGAGGCUAGUCCUUCAAAGUGAUAGACAAUGUCGCUGCCGCGAUGUGCUGCCCUUAUACUUUUAUUAUAUUUUAUUGUAGCAAAUUGUUUUCUUGUAUGAGUUUUUAUAUGAAGACAUAAAUGAAUAAAACGAGACAUGGAUAUGCAUCUUUUU